CCUUCAUCGAGGGUCGUAGUGAGCGGAUGCACUUAGUCGGUUUUUCCUGCCCGUACGCGUCGCUUUCCCGGUCGGUGUGUGUGGGUGUGCGCGUAUAAGAAGGCAACAACUGCCAGCUGGUGGAAAGUGGUGCAGUGUUCUGUGGCGGCAGGAGCUGAUUCCGGAGAGUUUUCAAUAACAGUGAGCCGCAACAAAGGAGCGUGGUGCGGGGGUGUUUUGCUUGAAAGCACAAGGACGCGAAUUUAAUUUUUGUUCUUCUCGAGUGGGGCCAUCCUUGUUGGAUAGCGGUGCUGCUCAGUGGCACCGGUCGAACAACAGCAAAGGUGUGGAGGUGUGAAGUGUAGAGUAGAACGAGAGAUAACGCUCGCAAGAUUUUAUAUACAAAAGAAUGCAGCGUUGUUGUGUUUUCGAUUGUCGGUCUUUUGGUGAAACAGCAUGUGAGUGAAGCGAGCAGCUCAUUAUCACAUUUUGGGUGACGAGAGGUGUCAAGCUGGAGGGUGUUUGGAGGAGAAAAAUUGUCAUAACAAUCAUUAAAAGAGCGUUUGUUACGUUCGAGUGUUACCAGAUUCUGAGAGAAGAGAGAAAAAUAAUACCUGGAAGCCAGUGGGUGAGCAGGUGGUUUCCUUCGUGUGGGUGGCAAGCGAUCAAAGCUAGUGUUUAUACUUUUCCCUCGCUGGAAUGCAUUCACGUUUAAAGCGGCAGCAAAUAAAAUGGUAAAGAUGUUUAAUUUGUGAAAUUACGUGAAGUUCUAAGCUUGGAAGUGGAUCGUUUAAUAACGAAAAACCUAAUUUUCCGUGCGAUCGAAAAAAAGUUGUUCCUGGAUUUUUGAUAGUUCUCGGAAAUACUUGCGAGGGGUGGUUAGUUAUACCUAUUCACAAUACCGGUGUCCGUGUCUAGUAGCAGUGCAUGAAAAGCCUCGGAUGUAGAUUUGGAUGGUGGAAUGACCUUCAAAUUAUUGAUUUUUGCUGCAAUAUCAUCGUUCGUGUUUCCCGGAAGUGAAGAAUGAAUUGAAAAUACCAAGAAAACGUCACGUGAGCUUAAUAAUUCUAGUAAAUUCUACUUGCAUAUUUAAUCGAAUAUAUCACUAAUAUUGCGCUAUCAUCGAUGAAACAAAUUAUGUGUUACUGUGAAAAUAUAUCUACCACUUAAUUUAGCCGCCUAAUUAGUGUGAGUUUAACUACCGGAAUAAUCAGCUUGUAAUUAAAUAUUUCCAUAUCUGAUCAGAAAAAAUAAACAUAUAUUAACAAGCGCGUGACUGAAAGAAGUGAAUGAAAAUUAUUUGAAAAACGAAAAUUCAUCAUUGCAUAUGCACACCAGAUCGACCGAGCUAGAUUGCGCAACAAACAGUAUAAUUCAGCGAUAAAUUUGAUUUUCGUCGCCCGCCGGUAAAUUGUGAAAACGAAAAAAAAAAACAACACGCCAAAUCCAUUAUUGACAAUUGGAGGAAAAAAACCGAGUUGUUUACGUGUGCGGACUGAACUUGUACUAUUCGCAUUCGCUCCGGACCGACCGAUUACUGUUUGGAUUACGUGAAUUUUGGACUGCAUCCCAGUUCGGAUUGUAUGAGCGUUGGUUAUAAAUAGGAUUCAUCGGUAUAACGCCGAUUUUUUUUCAACAAAUCUGUGUGCGGCGUGCAAGAAAAAAACCAAGUGACUAUUCGGCUUAACACAGGCUACUGGUCUAAAUUGCUGUAAAGGUACCGCGAAAGCAGGCCCCGAUGGGAGACAAUAAUUAGAGUGUAAACGCUUGUAAGCUCCUCUCUUGCUCUACAUGUCGCCAAUAUUUUGCUAGGAUUUGCAUCACACUCAAUUCAAGAAAUGAAGCAAUAAGUUAUCCGCCCUGGAUUUACUACCGCACCGUCAACACUAAACCAACAAUGAAUAAACCAUAUCGACGCAGCCGUAAAGACUUCAUACCCAAUACGUAGCCAGUAGAAAUGGCAACAACUGCUCAUCGUCCUAUCGUGUUCACUUAGAAAUAAAAACAAAAAUCAGCUUUUUAUUGUCGAGCCAUCGCGAGCGUUCUGAUCCGAUUACUCGAAGCUCAACGCCGCUAUCUGUGAAACUUCCCCACUAGCAAUUAGCUCUUUCGUAACUUACUCCAACCGUUGAAGUUUCGAUUCAAGACGAGCAAGAAAAUGUCGAUAACAGGUUCGCUGGUCGGUUACGAAAACAACAACGAGGUAUCGAAGAAGAACCGCUCUCUGCUCAACAUAACUGCGACCUCAAACGCGUCCUCGAAGCAAUGCCCAAGUCUAAACACAAGCAUAUCGAAUAGUGUGAUAACUACGGCCAGCAGUCAGUACCGGCAACAUCGAACAGAUGGUAGCACCGGGGGAGGUUGCACUUCCGGGGGUGGAACCAAAAAGCCUCGACGGUUGCAUCUGAACACACUGUGGUCGGUGUGGUACGGAAUACUGAUAACCCUCCUGCAGGGCUAUUUGGUGCUUCAGGGAACGCAUCGCUAUCUUGGUCUGUCUGCGCUGAGUUGGAAGUAUGAAAAGCCGACCACCGAACUGGACAUACAAAUAGUGUUCUGCGGGUUGGUGGUGUUGUUCCUGCCGCUGCUGCUGGCUGCCACGAUGUUUCGCGUCGGGAAUCUGGCCAAUGAUGGAAUUAAGCUAGCAUCCGGUACCAGAUUGUGUUCGUCGGCACCCACUGACGGACUGGAAGAGGAAGCCUUCGAGGGAACACUACGCGCACUCUGGAUUCACGGAGGACCGACUUCCGCUUUCAUACAUAUCAUAACGGCUAUAUGUCUACUACUUCCGCGAUUACUACUAGAGGCAAAAGUAAUCGAAAACGGAUUACUACCCAAAGAUGACAUCUGGCGCACCGACUUGGAUUUCAUGGUCACCCAUAACGAUCGGUUGGUGGUAUUGUCAUUCAUGACAUCACCCUAUCCAAACUCAACUACAAAGCCCCCCCAUACACCAGGCUCAACCAAUAAUGACUACGAUGGUAAACUCUACCGAAAUGGGUACUUCGAGCAUAAUGAUAUGGUGGAGAAAUUCUCCGCCUACGAGGAAGAUGAUGGGGAAGAUUUCGGCGAUGACGAUGAACCUUUUCGAACUCAUGAAGCUUUAGAAUCCGAAAAGGCACUUCCACCGUCGUCCUCUAUUUCCAUCUCGACGAUGGAAAACUAUAACAUCAACGUAUUCGAUACACCAACAACCAUGCACACGCUACCACCAGUGCGAAACCUAUUGACAACCACAUCCGCCCCUAGCACGACUAUCAUCGUAGAAACAUCAACUCCAAUUCUACAUCCUUCGACCCGACCAACAAUCCAGUCGAAAAAAACCGAGCGAAAUAAAAAUCCCAGCCAUUAUCGUAAACAUUCCGCAAAAUCAAACAGCAACGGCACUCGCAAAGAAAAGCAUCAUCAUCACCAUCACCACAACCAGCAUCGCUUAGACGACGUAGAUUCCCGGUUGGAAUUGCAACCACAGAAAGAGUUCGAUUUCGAUGCGUUUGAAGAUCACGAAAUCACCACCCUUUUUGAGGUUAAUCAUAGCAGAAAAGUGCAACCGGGAUCGAAGAACCUAUCAACAUCUACAACUGCGGUAACGACUAAAGCUAUCGGAACAACCGUCACCGAUACCGCCACCGAUGCAACGAAACCAUCCACUACCCAAAGUAAUCCAAAAAAGUUAGCGCCCACUAAGGACAGCAAUACACAUAUCAUCAAGCCGGUGAAAUUGCCAGAGAACGUAAUCCCGUCUACUCCCGUCACCACCAACUCCAAAAUCAUCGAAAUCCGACCAAGCACUACGGGAGAAACCACCUACAGUACGCCGAAAAAGAUUAAGCGUUUUACGUCCGAUAAUUACAGCAGUGAGAGCUUGGAAAGUUUGGAAAACAUUCCCAGCGUUGACGAGGAUGAAUUCAUCAUUAAAGAUGAAAAUGGAAUGGAAAUACGGCCAGCCUUCCUGAUAGGAACCGUUCCAGGAAACAUAACGACCAAACCUGUUCAGCUGACAGGCUUUGCUGGGUUUUUACAAAUCUUCCUACAUGCAGAUCAACAAUUUAACGCGAAUCGCUGGACAUCGGUGCCAUGUUUAGAGUUCAUCAACCUGGCAAUCGCUCUCAUGGCCUGGGCCGUACGCUAUCCAUCGGUGUUUUGGCACACCUCCAAGAUGUUUGCCUUUGUUUUCAGCCUGCAGAUGAUCGCUAAUGGUUUGGAUAUACUUCUGAGCUUCGCCGGUGCGAGUGUGCUGUACAAGUUGCAGACCUUAGGCCAAGGUUUGCCACUGCAAGCGCCCACUUUGAUUUUGAAUGGGACGGUAACGAUUGCAUUGACCAUUCUGUCGGUGAUUUUGACUAUAGCGUCCUCGAUGGUUCUGUAUCUCUACGGGCACGGCAAACUUGCCAUGAAGAUCCGCGAUCGUCGAUUAAUUACUGACAAGCAGAGUACCGACGUGUGGGCUUACUUCGCGCACUGUUCCUCGCUGUGUUUCGUAUUGGCACUGGCUGUUGUUAAGGCACCACUUCUUCACGAUUUGAGUGCUGCAUAUCGAGGAAGUCUGGAUGGGGCGGUUCUUGCUGCUGCUUUGGGCUCCGUGAUUCAUCUGUUUCUCUGGAUCGUUUUAUGGCUGUGUUUGACCGCCAAACGUCGUUGGCAUUUUAAACUGCCUCCUCUGGAUGUGCCGGGUACCCGAACCGGGGUAUCGCAGCCCCUGCUGCGAGGAGGAUCUCUGCUGCGUAACACGAAAGGUGGACCACCUGGGGACAGUAAUGGUGCAACCAGCAGCGAAGAGGAAACCAUCUACUGGCCGAAAAUAGCUCCGAACUCACCGAAAUUGAAAGUAACCUUCAACGAAGUCACCAGUACGUCAUCCGAUCAUGCCCAUAGCGAACAUGACGGCAAUCGCCAUUCGUCCGCUGGAACCACGUUACGUCUGUCCAGUGUUACGGGGGAAACUGAUGACGGAGACUACGCUACGCUAAGGAGACCCGCGGGUGAUAUGAUGCAUAUGGGCGAGUUUGAAGACCAUCCCCCUCCGCCGGAAGAGCUACUAGUCAACACCGCUCACACCGACCAUGCGGAUGACACAUCCGAAGAGGGGAAAUUACUUGCCUGCGUUCGCGAUGACAGUGUUACGUAUGCCUCCACCCGCGAUCUGGAGCCACCUAUUACUCGAACAAUGUCUCGCGAGGCAUUUAUCCGAUCACCAGAACAACUAGCAAGCCCUCUAGCUCCAGUCACCGUUACAGUACACAACAAUGAAAACAUGGCUCCCGGAUCAACGCCACGCUGUUUGCGCCGUGCUGAUUCUGGAAUGCCAAACGAAGCACUAACACCCCGCUCCGACACCACUUCAACAGAAAGCUCGGCUUCACCACCUGACUGCCGGGAUGCUCCAUCAGAGACCUCCAGUGGAGUACACUCCGGCGAGGAACGUGACGAAGUCGUAAUUCGUCCUCGAUCGGGGCCAUACAAGUCCAUCAUUAAACCUCCACCUCCAGCGAUCCAGGAAGAGCCCUUCGGACGAACAACCAACAUGAAAAUGUCCAGCUUUAGUAAAGAUGCUUCCAGCGCCACCCUCCCCUUGACACGGGGUUUCGCCGAGAUUCAUCAAUCGUACCCCCAGUGUAGCACGAUGCCACUUCCAGCCGGUUACCAUAACCAACAGCAUCACUAUCAUUCUCAGUCUUCUUUCACUCCCCCGAAUUCCUCUUCCCGACAACAACUCCAACAGCAUACGACCCUUCCCAACGGAGUUCGCUAUUCCUCCAACCAAUUCUUGAAGCGAAUGCCCUACAUCAAAACAGCUGAAUCCCCCUACGGUCACUUGGGUCUAGGCAGUGGACAUCACACAUUCUCCAAACUAUUGCACGAUCCAUUAGGGAUGCCACACCAGUCACCUCCAACUCACUCCCAAUCUAGCUACAGUAGCUUCUCACCCGUUCCAACGAUUCCUGAGGAUCGGGACUCAGCAAACUACUCAAUGAUCUCCGACCAGGACCGUGACAUGUACAUUAACGCUGUGCAUGAUUCCUCGAUACAGUUGCAGAAUUAGUUAGCCGGAUCUAUCGGUUCAAAUUGAAGGGAAAGGAAAUGUUUCAGUGUCAAGUCAAAACGUACCAUCGUAAAAUUUCACUGUCAUUGUAAUUAAAAGCCAUUUGUAAGCAGAUAAGUGUAGAAAAUUUACCAUUCGAUGCGCCUUCUUUGAAAUAAGUUAAACCGUACACAGUUAGGUUUUUUAGGAAGAAGUACGAAACCGUAAAUAUAGCCGCACAAUUAAUUUUAGAAAGCAGUAAACUUUAGUUAAAUUAAUACUAGGUUUGUACAUUGCUCUACCGUAGGCUGUAAAUAUUAGGACAUUUCAAAUACUAUAUACUAUGCGUUUCAUAAGCAACCACCAACUUCGCUCACCGAAAGUAAUGACAACUCAUCUAGAGGACGGCUAUAUUUUAUUCAUAUAUGCGCUUGGUGAAAAUCACAGCUUUCGCUUGCUAAUACUCCUAUUUAUAACAGACAGUUGUCAGAACGACUCCAUCGAUAUAUAUAAAAAAAAAACAAUUGCGCCAAGUUAUAAUAUCGUGAUAUUAUGUAUGCCAUUCUGUUGUUCAAAGCAGAAAGUUUAGGGGGAACAGUAUCUCUGUACGUGUAUUAAGAAAACUUGGUUUAUUUCAUCGUUUUUGUUUCUCUCAUCAUUAUCGAAAUUUGUUUCACCAAAUACAGAUGCCGGAUACAUUUUGGAAGUCCUGAUUAAUUUAGCGGUGAUAUUUUUUCUAUGGAAGAUUUUGGAGCUGAAUCAUGACUUACAUUUGUAAAUCUGGAAUGUUCAGCGUGUAGUCUUGAGCUGAAUAAAAAUGUGUAAAACGAUAGGUCAAAAAUGCCCAAGAAAUGAUUUUUUCUUAUGAUGUAACGAAAAAAAUCACGUACAGAUAGCGUAACUUUACUCACUAUUAAGCUGAAAUGUCACUUGAUGUAACGAACAAACUUAAUUUACCUUGGCAAGUUCAGCAAAAUAUUUCGAUGAAUAUUCGGCAACAAAAAUCGUUCGUCGUAAAGCAGUAAGUCUUGAGAUCUCCUUUGCCGAGAAAAAGUAUUGUCAAAAACUUCUGAACUUACUUACUUUUACUUUUAUGGCGACAGAUCGUAGAGAUCUGCCGAAUCCAAAAUACGCCUCCACAAAACUCAGUCUUGUCUUCUCUCCAGUCCUCCCUUACACCCGCUGCUCUGGCAUCCUCGUCGACAGCACACAUCCAGCGCGUGCGGCGUCUGCCUCGAAGUUGGCGGCCUCUAUCCGGUUCUCUGCUAAUCUUUGCCCGUCGCUCAUCUGUCAUCCGUGCUACAUGGCCAGCCCACUGUAACCUGCCGUGUUUCAUCAGCUUGACAAUAUCAGUGUGUUAGUAUACUUUGUACAGCUCGUGAUUCAUGCGCCUGCGCCACACCCCGUUCUCUAGUUUGCCUCCGAGUAUUGAUCGCAGGAUUCUACGCUCGAAGAUCCCGAGCGCUCGUCGAUCGGCCUCCUUCCACGUCCACGAUUCAUGUCCGUAGAGCGCCACCGGGAGGAUCAGAGUCCUGUAGAGCGCAAAAUUCGUACGGAUCUACGGGAACUAAGCUGACUGCGCAAUCCUUAAUAUGUCCUAUUCACUACCGCAUGUCUCUCAACCUCGUGGCUCUCCUCGUUGUCACAUGUCACGAGAAUAUCUAGACGAACAAAUUCUUCGACCACUUCGAAAAACAUCUCCUCCGCAACACCAACACCCGCAGAACUACCACGCUCUCUGACAGCCACCAUGUACUUCGUUUUGGCAGUGUUUAUGGCGAGUCCAAUUCUCGCAGCUUGAUUUUUGAGAGCCGUAAAGGCCUCCUCAACUGCUCUACGGUUACCACCUAUUAUACCAAUGUCGUCCGCGAAGCCUGAAACAUGUGAGACUUCGUGAUGAUGUUACCGCUCCUAUGCACACCUGCACUUCGUAUUGCACCUUCCAAAGGUAUGUUUAACAGCAAGUUCGAGAGCCCGUCACCUUGCUUCAGACCAUCUAACGUCACAAAGGGGUCCGAAAACUCGCCCGCUGUCCUGACGCUUGAUGUGAAACCGUCAAGCGUCGCACGUAACAGUUUAAUUAGUUUUGUUAGAAAACCAUGUUUAAGUAUGAUUUGCCACAGUUUGUUGCAUUUUACUGUAUCGUACGCUGUCUUAAAGUCUAUAAACAGAUGGUGUGUCUGCAAGUUCUUAAAACUUAUCGAGGAUCUGUCUCAAGGUGAACAUCUGGUCCAUUGAAGAUCGUCCCACUCGAGAACCGCAUUGGUAUUCUCCAACAACGGCCUCAGGCGCUGGAAUAAGAUACGGGAGAAAAUGUUAUAAGUGGAAUGAGGGAGGGUUAUGCCUCGAUAAUUGCUACAGUCGAGUCUAUGUCCCUUCUUGUAGAUAGGAUAUUUAGGUCCUUCCAACAAGUUCGUAGGUAGUUGUUUCUCAGACCAUACCCUUAAGAUAAUCUGGUGAAUUGCCCUAAACAGCCACUCUUUCCCGACUUUGCAAAGUUCGACCGGUAAGCCGUCCUUCCCAGCGCCUUAGUGGUUCUUUAACACUUUGCAAGCAUUCUUCACCUCGUCCAAUGUUGGUGGGUCCACAACUUGUCCGUCCUCCCCAAUUUAUAUCCUGUUCCCCUGCGACGACUCUCCUACCUUCCUCACCGUUCAACACCACUUCGCAAUAUUGUUUCCAACGCCUGGCCACCUGCGAUUCAUCGGUAAUCAGGUUUCCCUCCCAGUCAGUACACAUCACAGGUACUGGCAUGGUCCGGUUCCUAAUUCCGUUAAUUGUUCUAUAGCAGCUCCUCGUGUCGUACCUGGUGAAGCAAAUCUCCGCCUCUGCGAGGACGCGAUCGUAGUGCUCACUUUUCUUACGACGGUGCAGCCUCUUUUCGGCAGCUCUUACGUCCCGGUAUUUCUCCUGCAUCUGACGCGUUACAUGAUUAGCUGCUUUUGACGUGCUGACGUAGGCCCGAUUCUUCUUUCCAGUCACCUCUACACACUCAGCAUCGAGCCACCCACUACGCGUGGUUCCCCUUCUAAUGCCCAGCACUUCUGGCGCUGUUUCGCUGAUCAUGGAUGUGCGUCCACUGCUUGUACAGGUUAACUCCAACUGGUCCACCGAUCCGUCUAUUAACUUUCCGAGUACACUCUACAGCAACUCCUUUCGCCGAUAACCUCUGGAUGUUCAGACGUAUCUUCCUCGCCGAUCUCGAUUUAAAUACGUUGGACAGCAGGGCGCGAAUCUUACCUACCACGAGAUAGUGAUAAUAGUCGAUGUUUGCCCCUUGAAAGGACCGCACAUCUAUGAUGUCUGAAAAGUGCCGGCCGUCGAUCAGCAUGUGGUCGAUCUGGAAACAGGCCUCUCCAUUAGGGUGUCUCCAGAUGAACUUCCAAAUGUUCAGUCGUGCAAAGUAGGUACUAUAGAUGGCCAUUCCCCCGACCGCGGCGAAGUUCACUUACCUCAACCGUUUUCGCUGGGGUUAGAGUGAAGGCUCUACUUGUGAUUCAUAUCUGUAAAGUUCUACUUGUGCAUUCAUAUCUCCGAUGACGCUCUUUAUGUCGUGUUGUGGGCAUUCUCCAUCUUCAUACGUCUUCUCAAGGAGCUCAUAGAACUCCUCCUUUACGUCAUCGGUUUUAUCGUUUGUCGGCGCGCACACGUUGAUAAGGCUGUAAUUACAGAAUCUGCCUUUGAUCGUCAAUACGCAUAUCACGGUCAUUAAUAGGCCUCCACCUAAUGACACGCUUCCUUUAGGUUUCUGAGUAGCACGAAACCGACGCCCGUUCCGCUCUGUCGCCGCCACUGUAGUAGAUGUGGUACAUGAAAGAAGUGCCCGCGGUCGGAUCAACCGCCCGGAAUUCACGGCUGCUACCUCCACUUUUGCCUUCUGUAGCUCUCUGGUCAAGAUGCCCGCGCGUGCCGUUUCGAGCAGAGUCCUAACAUUCCAAGUACCAAGUUUCCAAUCGUUGUCCUUUUUCGUUUGUCUAGGUCUAUACCAAAUUUAGAAAAUCUAUACCGAGCGUCUUAGCAUUUUCUAGUAGAGUAUAACGGAAACCGAUAACUAUUUCUUUGAUUUCCUAGGUCUAUACCGAUUGUUCCGAUUCGUAUCAUUCUCUGGAUUGUUCGUAGUAUGUUUAUUUUCAGCAUGCUGCCUUACUAAUGCUGCGAUGCCUAGUCUCGCGACGGGGCUGCCGUUUUGGGUGUAGCUGACGAGAUCAGUCGCUGUUUGAGCCGCCCUUAACCUGGGGAACAGACGCUCAGGCAAGCUGCUCUCCAAGAAGAACAGCUCCCUCUUCCCUGUCAGCAUACGACCAAGUUCCCACCGGUUCACCGAUCUUCCCUUGGUUGCUCGUAUCCCAGUCGGUACCACGUGGAGGUAUGGAUAGGAGUUGCUGGGCAUUAUGCUAUGGACCACACUGGGGUCUAUUUUAUGCCAACUAGUACGGGUGUACUGCUGGUACACACUGCCCAGCCGUUCACCAACCAAACUUCUGAACUACUGCAUUGAAUUUUCCGACUGAAGAGUUCUAGGCGAUUAAAUUAAACUGUGAGUGAUUUAAGUAUUCAGCGUAUCUUUUUAUUGAUUUCUCAGCCAUAUUGUUUUGGUAUAGACCAUUUUCAAAAACAUCAUAUCAAGAAGACUCGCAUCUCUGGAUCGAUCCCAUACAAAUGACAAGCGUCAAAUUAAACAGCGCACUCCAUCUAAUAACUGUGGAAGUUUUCUAUGAAAGUGCUGGUAAUUACAUAGCUGCGAAGACAGAGUGUGUGUAUAUUGUGGUCCAGCCGGUGCGUUCGGCUCGCAUUCGCAUCGCCAGCACACACACUAGCUUGCGUCAGUUCCACUUUUACUCAAAAGACUGCGCUGCCAAAACUGUCGCUCAAUCUCAGGCAGAGUUCCCUGUCUUCUUGAUAUGGUGUUUUUGCCAUUUUGCUAUAGAACUAUUUUCUAGGCAUUUGCUGGGUUUUUCUCUAUAUUUCUUAUCAAGUAGAUAGUAUCCUCAAUUAAAUCAUUUCAAAAUUUCUUGUAUGAACAACACAUGCGAAGUGACACUGCAGAAUAUUUACAAUUCGUAUCCCAUUACUGCUUCAGUUAGAACCAUAAUUCACAAAGUCUACAACAAUGAAGCCACAGAUUAACAGACUAAACACUUUAAAAAAAUUAAAUAAUAUCACCGUUCGGAUGAUACCAGUACUUUACGUCAGUAACACUAGUACCAUCUGCUGCCGUGUUCUCGCUUCUUCUUGUAUUUCGACAUCAGUGCUAGCGUACGUGCAUGUGUCAAAUUGGGAACUACAAAAUGUGUAUGAGUGAUGUGUAUGAUUGCCAGUUAAUUCUGAUUCAACUCGAAAAAACUUUUGAGUUAAAAAUCAUGUUUUAUUAAAUGUUUAAAGUUGUAUCCGCUGUAUCUUAACUAAAUCCUUUAAUCUGUAUUUGGUGAAACAAUUUCAUCCACACUGGAAAAUCCCGCAUCAUUCAGUUCGAUAAAUCACAUUCUCAUCAUUAAUGAUAACGUAAAACCAAAGAAUUUGUCAUUAAUAGAAAUCUCAAUCAUCUACUCACCAAAAUCCACCAGAAGACUAUAGAAGAAAAGGCAGAAGAAAACUAAUUAAUUGUAACGUGUGUGACAAAAUGGAAAGACAACAAACUCGAAAGGCAUAUCCGUAUUAAACAGAGUCAUAUCUAGGCGAAAGGGCAUAAGUACUAGAGAGUAUAACAAAUCCGAUGUAGAAACCACAGUAGCAGUGGAACAAACCAAACAAAUUAACAGAACGAGGCAUACAAAUACUAUUUACUGACUGUUCCCUGACCUCAGAGAAUCGAAUUGAUUGACAACCGACUCUCUCGCUAUCUUUCUUUCGUUACGUAUUCUGAAAGACAGAUGAAAUAAACAGCAACAAUUGCCAUAAGAACCGACCAGAACACAGCAACAGGAAAACAGGAAACGUCGUAUUAGCCCGGAUAUAUUGUAUUUUUGCAGGGCAAUGGUAGUUUUACAGAGAAAAAAAAUCCGCAGAACCGUCAGUAUACACACCAUCAAUCGCCACACAUCCGAGUGGGUGUAUUGUAACUCAAAGCAUCAUUUUCAGCAUACCAGUAUAUAUGAAUGUAUAUCGUAACCACAGGACAAUAUUACCAUGAGACAGAAUUUUACAUAUGAGUAGCGAUCCUAUUAUUUUAUGGAGAAUCAGACACCAUCAUUCAAAUUCAACUCAACGCCACGUGUCAGCUAGAUGUGUGGUAGACGACUGUAGAAAUGUGUAGCGAAAAUUUACAAAUUUGUAAGAGAAUUUUACACAUCAGCGCUAUACAAGUGGAACAUCUGUCACAGCUAGAGCAGCCGCGUAACAUAGACAAAUUUAAAAUAACAUUCUGAUAGGAAGGCUUUACUAAAGGCAAAAACAGCUUAUGCAAUAGCUAUUCCGCUGCAAGCUUCUACUUUCUAUUAUACAAUUACUAAAGGGAAAAUCGCAGGCGGGACUCAUAAUCAAAGAGUGAAACCGAAUACCGAGAUAACGAUAUCCUGUAGCAACAAGCAACAUUAAAAUGUAAGGAUAACAACACUUAAAGAGUAUUAGUUUUUUUUAUCAUUUAGCUGAAAUUAUACAGCGUGAAAAGCUUAUUCGAAAUUAUUUAUCGGUUAGUUCGAACUAAUUGGAGAAUAAACGAAACAUGAAAAACGUAUAUGUAAA